AGCAUUUGGCUCCAUUGUCAUUAUUCUCACCGCGCAACAAAGCUGGUAGCAAUGACACAAAUCAUCUCCAGGCAUGCUCUUCUGCAGACCUGUGGCAUGACCUUGCUGGUGCUUCCUUUCGCUGGGAUGCUGUGGCAGAAGUUGAUCGGCAAGGCUGACGGCCAGAAUCUUGCCUCCCUUUUGGCGGUCAUUUGGAACUACCGCAGGACAGACUUCCGUGGAUUCAUGAAGAGCCACCGUGCGGCUAUCAAACAGGGCAAGGAAUCAGGAGACUAUGUCCCUGGGGUGAUGAACUACUACAGCUUGAUGUCGGACCUUAUCACUCUGUGCUCGGGCCCAUACUGGCACUUUGUGCCAAUGCUUAAGGGAAAGUCUCGAGCAGAGAGCCAUUCUCAAUUCCAUCAUACAAUGACGUGUUACUUGGGCGCAGGCAAAGAGGACACAGUAUUGGAGAUUGGCUGUGGCUAUGGAGAGAUGGGCCGCCAAGUUGCAAAGAUCUCCGGUGCCUCGGUCACUGGGUUGACGAUGGCAGAUGCCGAGAUCGUCGGUGGCAAUGAGCGCAUCAAGGCGGCUGGUCUGGAUGAUCGUUGCAAGAUUGUACAGGGCAACUACCACAAAACAGACUUUCAGGACGCCAGCUUCACCAAAGUCUUCGGGAUCUACACGUUGAAAUACUCGUCAGAUUUGGACGCUGUGUUUCGCGAGGUCGCAAGGCUGCUGAAGCCAGGUGGCACCUUUCUUUCCUACGAGAUCCUUGUGACAGAUGAAUUUGAGAGGGCCAAGCCUGAGCACAAGAAGUAUGUGGAGAAUAUCUCGACCUGCACAUGUAUGCCACCGCUCUGGCCUGCUGAAGCAAUGCGUGCUGCUGCUCAAAAAGCAGGCUUGGUGCCUGUUGUUGAGGAGGACAUUGGAGCAGGGCCAAAUGUUCGGCCUUGGUAUACGUGCUUCACCAAUGGCGUUUAUCAGAUUCUGGCAUGUCCACUUUUGCUGCCAUUCUUCAGAUGUGCAGAGACGCUGCGGCUGCUCCCUCCAUCCUUCAGCGAGUGGUUUGAGAACUUGCUAGU